AAUUCAGAUUAAUGGGUAAUUUUCUGCAUCUGAAAAAUUAAAAUAACACUUUUAACGACCUCAACGGAAGCCAUGGCGAAGCCGGUACAACAUCGCCGUUUCUCUCUCACUCCACCUCUCUCUAUAAGCCCUGCCAUGAGCUCUUUCCGGCAAAACCCUAGAUUCUAGGGUUUUGAUCUGAUCCGCCGGGGCCCAGCCAUGCCUUCUUCUCCCAAGUUCUUCCACGCCCGCCCGCCGUCGGGUCCUCGCUCUCGCCAAUCGACGGCGCUGUUCUUAUGCCUCGUGAUUGGCCUCGCCGGAUUCAUCUUUGGCCUCGGAUCGAUUCUGAGCCCGGUGUGGGGGUACAGGUGUAGGAAUAGUAAGCCUAGGUCGGUUUCUGUGGUGUGGGAGAGAAGCGGGAGUGUUGGAAAUGAGGAUGGUGUUAAAAUUGGAGAUCGGAAGAGGCAUAAGGUGAUGGGGUUCGUCGGGAUUCAGACGGGGUUUGGAUCGGUGGGGAGGCGGCGGUCGUUGAGGAAGACGUGGAUGCCGUCCGACCGGCAGGGGCUUCAACGGUUGGAAGAAGCCACUGGUUUGGCAUUUAGGUUUGUUAUUGGUAGAACCAAUAAUGAGUGGAAGAUGGCACAGCUCAGGAAGGAGGUAGAACAAUAUGAUGAUUUCAUGUUGUUAGAUAUCGAAGAGGAGUACAGUAAGCUCCCUUACAAAACUUUAGCUUUCUUUAAAGCUGCAUAUGAACUGUUUGAUUCUGAGUUUUAUGUUAAAGCUGAUGAUGACAUAUAUUUGAGGCCGGAUCGCCUUUCACUGCUCUUGGCGAAGGAGCGUUCCAACCCUCAAACCUACCUUGGAUGCAUGAAAAAGGGUCCUGUUUUCGUUGACCCAAAGCUCAAAUGGUAUGAGCCAUUAUCAAAUUUGCUUGGGAAGGAGUACUUUCUCCAUGCUUAUGGGCCAAUAUAUGCUCUUUCUGCUGAUGUUGUUGCAAGUUUGGUUGCUCUUAGAAACAAUAGUUUUCGAAUGUUUAGCAAUGAGGAUGUUACAAUUGGUGCUUGGAUGCUUGCAAUGAAUGUCAACCACGAGAAUAAUCAUGCAUUGUGCGAACACGAAUGCACAACAUCAUCAGUAGCUGUGUGGGAUAUUCCCAGAUGUUCAGGGCUCUGUAAUCCAGAAAAGAAAUUAUUGGAGCUUCAUCAAAUGAAGAUCUGCUCAAACAGCCCGACUGUGGAAUCUUAUGAUGAUGAUUAAAACUCUUCAAUUUUCUAUCCACAUACUGGAAACGGUACUUCAAAGAAUUUCUGCCCCCACGACUGCUCUCUCUCUCACGGUUGUAGAAUUUAGGAAAAAAAUAGUUUACUCUGAUCAUUCAUCUUUUUAAACUCAUAGGCUAAUGCGAGCAGUGAAGCUUUUCUAA